CCCAGCAAGAGAUUGUUCUAAGCGGGGAAAGAAGACUGAAAACUCUGUUCAAACAUGGAUCAAAUCUUCAAGCACCUUACAAUUCUCGGUCUGAUAUGCAUAACAAGAGUUGUGGCUGAUGACUGUGCACCCUAUAUAGACUCGGACUUUGCCAUCCAUCAAGGUCAGACCUGUAUUCUAUCCUUCUGUGCAGGGUCAUGCACAAACCGGUAUUGCAAUAUAAUCCCUGGAACCCAGCUGGAUCAGUCCCAGUUCCUGUGCAUUUUGAACAACCUCUAUUUCGUCAUUGGAGCUGGUAUUAUUCUCUUUUUACUGAUUGUUGCUUCAAUUAUCAGUUGUAUCUGUAAAUCGCUCUGUCUGUGCUGCAGACUUUGCGAACAACAGCCUCAGACAGUGAGACGUUCUUUGACCACAUCUAUGUCUGUCACUAACAUUGUUCCUCAACAACCCUUAGUAACAAUGCCAGCACUGCCGGAUAUCAACCUGUGCCAAGUCAUUCUAUGUAUUCUCAGCAGCCUGACAAGGCUUAUCUUCCCCCACCAUAUCCAGGUGCAGAUAACUUCGCUUAUGUGGAUUCACCAU